AUGAUGGCAGAACCCAGCCCGGCCACGAAUGAUGUACCGGAUACACGGGCAGAGGCAUCAAACACGACGACAGCAGAGUCGAGCGAGACACAGACAGAGUCGACGGCAUCAGCAAGUCAUCAAGUGGCAGCAGCAGCGUGUGGUCAAUGCGGCAAAUCGGCAGACUCACUCAAACAAUGCAUAAAAUGCCACAGCGUAGCCUACUGCAACAAGGACUGUCAAAAGGCACAUUUCAAGGCACACAAAAAAGCAUGUCCCAUCUUGGCGCAAGAGUACGUAAAACGGCAUGAGCCCAAGAUGGCAAGUCGAUCGAGCGGGGCAGCAAAGGGAGGGGCGCGGGAGAGAGGGCUGCAGAAGUGGCAGGCCCGAAAGGGAUGCGGCGCUCUUGUCCAGACUAUUAGUGGGCUGCAGCUGCAUGCGUGCGAUGCAUCAGAUAGAGGCGCUAGCUGGUGCAGCGUGACUGCACGGCGCCUUGGUCGUCUGCAAACAUCACAAUCGACGUUUGCCAUGACCGAUCCCAAUCCCCGGUCCCAAGUCUUCGACCAGCUCCAUGCUGACACUACCACCCUUCUCCCCUCCCAACUCCCUUACCAACCCCACGAACCCCUUCCCAACUCCAUCCCACCGACACCGGAUGAAGCAGCACAAGCGGGUCCCUGCUCCGACACCGUGGUUCCCGACACCUUUUCUUCAUUUCUCGACGCUUCCCUGCCGCAGCCCUUCCCGCUGCCUUCCGCCUUACCCCAGCCUCUCACCACGCCCAUCACCGAAGAUCGUCCACAUGUCGAUCUAACCCUCAACUUACCUCAAAGUAGUCUUUCGCUUCCUCCACCAACAAUAAUCAAAGCAAAGCAUAAUUUACGCCUGCCCUCGUUCCAUGUCCUGGGUAUUGCCGCGCCCCACCCAGACCAUAUUCUGACCCAACCUGAUCUGCCCUUCUCUCCACUAGGCGCGGGACCGCUAUCAAAGCCAGAAGACCCUCUCCAUGCACUCAGCCCGCUGGCUCACAGUUGCAACAACCACGCCACGGCCGCCCUCCUCCACACCCCCGUUACCAGUCCGAAGGCUGCAACAGCACGCGUGGGCCCUUCUCUCUCCACCCACACACCCCCUUCGGACUCGGAGCCAGGAACCAUCAACUGGGGUUCCUUUAUGAACCCUCGUAUUGCCACACUAGGCUCGCCUCCCCACUCGGAUCCAGGCGUCUCGCCCAGUGCAAACAUUACCGCUCGUGAACUAGCUCCUCCCCAAGCACAAAUCAUCGUACCAACUCACGCACCACUCUCCGAAGUACAGGGAAUGGCUACAUGGAUCGAAAUGGCCAAAAGCACAAUCAUACACGAAUCUGGAUGUCUGGGCCUAGACUCUGUCAGAAUUCUUUCUCAUGCCCUUCCUUGUCCUUCUACAGCGGGUCAUGUGUUUGGCGACGUUAUUGCUUCGAUUCACGACGCUUCUUCGACACACACUUCAUGGAUCAAUGUAUUCCAUGCUCUCCCUGGACGCUAUACCCUCCUCGACUUGCCCAAGUCGCCCCCUUCAACACCAGGCCCCGCAGUCGGAGGUGACUCAUACUUUACCAGCAAGGUCUUUGACAGUGCAGUCGCCAUACCGGACUACCAGCUCGACUCGAAACUUUUGCCGCCAUCCCCUAGACCUGUAGUUCCCCCGGGAAGUAUCAACAUAUCAAUUGUCGAAAGAUACAUUCCGCCCACGAAUACAAACGAAUUCGCCGAAAUGUUUACAUUCCACGGCCGGUCCUUGUUAUACGACCGCUUGAUCGAACUCUCCAGUGACAAUGGCAUUUUGCUCUUCAUCUACCCAACAAAGACAGGCGCAAAGACGUUUAUGAGGCAGUACCUCGGGCCCAUCCUCGAUCCGCUAUUGCGUUCUGUGACGGUAGUACACGAGCUUCACUCGGAGCUCGGAAGAGAUAUAGGUCAAAUGAGCUCGGUCAACUACCUUGAUGUUUAUGAGCAUCUAGAAGUCCAAGUGCGAAGAUUUUGUCACGCAAUGAGUGAACGGCACCUCAGGGCUGACAAAAAGGCGGCGUACCAAGUUAUACAUGCUACAAAAGAAGAUGUUCUACUAGAAAGAUCAGCAUGGGCAGACGAUUGGUGGAUUAAGCAAGAAAAGCCUCGUGUGCGAGACGUCGUCAUGAAGUACUUCAACAAAUCCAAGAAGCUUCCCAUGGGCGAAAUGAGCGCGGCCUCGCUUAUCCAGCAUGUCCUCGAUGGCGUGUCAAAACGAGAGUAUCAAGACGGAGCGCCUACCAAGGGUGUCGAGGUGGGCGUCUUCAUAAUCAAGAAAACCAAAGCUACAACAACAGCAGACCAAUAA